UCAAAUCAGACCUCACGCGACCACACAGCAUUUCUACACCUUACAGAUGAGCAAGGAAGCCUUUCCUUUGCCAAGCAUACCAGAGCGACUCAAGUGCUCGCAGUACAUCUGGUGGGCAAAUGAACGAGCAGCAAGGACAAGACAACCAACCUGUGAAUGAACGCAUGGACAAUGGCGAGAUGGACAGAGGGCAAGUCCAAUCUGGCUGGCCCCAGCAGCAGGGCUUUCGUUAUCCUGUUGUAGUUGCAAAGCAAACUCCUGCCGAUGUAUCAUUAUCUACGCAGGGGCCAUUCAGCCAAUCUGUGCCGACCGGGCCUCGUAACAAAGGCAAUACAAAAGAAGUUUCGGGAGGCGUGCCAAGAGGUCGGUCACGGACUCGCACGCCUCCGUCUAAAGAACAUCUCAGAUCGCGUAGUCCGACCGGCCGGUCGCCAGAUUUCGCGAGGAGAGACCGCUCUCAGGAUAGCCUGUCACGCUCACCACGUCCAAGACGAGCAAGGCCUUCUAGCUCCAGGUCCAGGUCAAGGUCCAGAUCGCGCUCUUCAAGUCGUCGUCGUCGUCGUCGGCGAUCGCGGUCUCGCUCGCGAUCACGUUCUGGUCACUCCAAACGACACCGUCAUUCAAGAAAGCAUCGAUAUUCGCAUUCAAGAUCCACAUCCGGGUCUCGUUCGCGCUCACCACGUCGAUCUCAACCGCCUGUGCCACCUCAACGGCGUCGUGCAUUGCCAACUAGCAGGAGUAAAGGGAAGCAUGAUCCUUCCCGUAAUGUCUUUGAAGAGCAUGAUUCCCGCAGGAAAAGGAGAAGUCGCAGUCGCAGUCGCAGUGGCCGGCGACAUCGUCACCGAGAUGGGUCUCGUCGACGUCGUCAUCACGCAUCACCUGGGCGAAGUCAAUCCCGCAGUAGAAGUCCAAAGCGAUCCUCCAAGCGAGAUCGUCAUGCAUCUAAGUAUCGCACUCGACGCAAGUUCACGGAGGAAGAGCUUCAAGAGGAAGAGAGACGGCGUGACAGUUCUCGUCGGGCCCGUUCUCCCAGAUAGUCACACUUUCCCAUACUUCAGGUAAGUGUGCAUCUACCUUAUGGUCGGCAUUCAGAUGGUAACUUUGCCACAAGCGACAUAGCUGGCCUGCUUCCAAUAUAGUUGGUGCUGCAGCUCG